CAAAAAUUUAAGUUUUUAAGACAAACCAAAACAAUGCUCUCUCUCAUCAAAACAAUGUAAGAAAAGAAAAUCUUUAAUUCUAACGCGAAAUAUUAGGAAAAUUGAUAGAAAAGAAAAAGAAAGCCGGUUGACACUUUUUUCUGUCUUUCCUCUUUCUCUCUACUUCUCCAACUCCCGUCCUAGCUCCCCUCAUUUUGUGCCUCAAAUUCCUUCAAUCGUUUUCACGUCAAUUUUCCAGGCCUUUAAUUCAAUUCGGACACCCAUUUUUGGUUAGAUUGUAACAAUUUAGGGUUUUUGGAAGUCGUUUUAAAUUAUGGGAUUGGGAGAUGCGGAUCUUCUCGACGACGGAGAUGGAGGAGGAUGCAAAGCGGCGGCCAUAUCGUGCUCAAUUUGCUUGGAGGUUGUCACCGACAAUGGAGAUAGAUCUUGGGCUAAGCUUCAAUGCGGCCAUCAAUUUCACCUAGAUUGCAUUGGUUCAGCAUUCAAUAUCAAGGGAGCUAUGCAGUGCCCCAACUGUCGGAAAAUUGAGAAAGGACAAUGGCUAUAUGCAAAUGGUAGUCGUCCACUACCUGAGUUUAGCAUGGAUGACUGGACCCAUGACGAGGAUCUCUAUGAUUUAAGUUAUUCUGAAAUGUCAUUUGGAGUUCAUUGGUGUCCGUUCAGUGGGUUAACAAGGCUCCCUUCAUCUUUUGAUGAAGGAGAGUUUUCAUCAAGCACAUAUCAUGAUCUUCUUGGACAUCAUGCUGUCUUUGCUGAACAUACGCCUGUUUCAUCCACAACUCAUCCUUGUCCAUAUAUUGCUUAUUUUGGGCCAAUACAUCCAUCUUCUACAACAUCAAGUACUAGUGUUUCAGACGGAUCUAAUUAUAGUAACCAUUGGACUGGCCCAUCAGUCCCUAGUGAAGUUCCCAAUUCAUACGCGUUUCCUUCGAUGGACGUGCACUAUCACAAUUGGGACCAUUCUUCUCAAUUUGCUCCAAGUAACCGGAUUGGUGGAGCAGACCAACCCCUGAUUACACCAAUGGCGCAGAGAACAGCAAGGAAUAGCUCUGAUAUCCCAAGAGCUGGAAUGCAUCCCCCCUUCAUUCUUGGUCACAGUUCUGCCAGCAGAGCUCCCAGCUCGGCAACCUCCUCUGUCCUUCCACCAUACCCUGGAACUGUUGCUCGGACCCGUGACCGUCCAUCUCUUCAAGCAUACUUCCAGCACUCUAGUAGUAACCCAUCGGCACGCAACCCUGUUUUACCCACUGGACGAAGAUCCAGCAGUCAUAGGGGUUUAGCUCAAGCUGCCCCGAUUGCCUCGUCAUCUGACCAGCCCAGUGGUUUUUACUUCUUCUCCUCAAGCUCUUCCGGAAGAACCUUCCAUGAAAUGGAGAAUCCCCAUCGUGAUCCUUUCCAUGGUUGGGAGCGGGAACACCAACCUUCGUUUCCCUCGAGCCAGGUCGAUAGAGAUUCAAUAUGGGGGCCUUUCCACCCACCAGCUCCUGCAUCUGAGACCGGAAUCAGACCCAGCGGUUUCCGCCAGAGGCAUGGAUCCGAGAGGAUGCCAUCUCAAAAUCGGUCAUAGGUACGUUAUUGUGUUCUGGUAACAAAAAAACUGUGACCAUCAUGACCGAAACCAGUUAAUAUAUGUUUGUGCAACGAUCUAUAAUGGUUGGAAAUCUGCCAAGCACGGCAGCCCUGAAACUAUUGUGGCAUUGAAAUUAUCGCUUUCAUUCGCCACCAGCUUGUGUGAUGGACUUUGGCUUCCUCUUGUUUGUAUGCCCUCUUGGGGGAAUAAGAUCACUUGUUUGAAGUAAAGAGGUUCGCUGGUGGCCUUCUCCAAGGCUGCCCCCCUUAUUAUUUUUUCUUUAAAUCUAAAUUUGACAUUUUCAAGGGAUUCUAAA